AACAAUCGCUGAAACUGAAAACGAUUUUGGGUUUGAAGCAAUAGCUGCUUUACUAAAAUUCUUGUCCCCCAUAGUCGCAAAAUCGCUGCCAUUCCCUUCUCCCACUCCGACUCCGACAGAGCUCUCUCUUAUUAAUUAAUUCAUCAUUUGUGUUUCAGUUAUUAUUAUUAUUAUUACCAAAGAGAAAAACAGAAGAUUACAAAAGAGAAUUGAAUUGCUCUCCUAAACACGUAAGAAUCACAUCUUCGACGGUAUCUACCAUUUCUUCCAAUCACCUAAGGUCAAAAUUAAAGUCAAAAUCGCUUAGCACGGAUGCAAAUUAAAAGAUGAAGCGCCCAAUUAUUUGAGUAGUUUCAACCAUCUUUUGUUUCUUCAGAGAUUUGGGGAAUUAAGUGAUAAGCUGAAGAAUGGAUAACAAUAGUUGGCGGGCAGCCCAAGGACAGGUUCAGAUUCCUGGUCAGGUUAUGGGCGGCGAAGCGGUGGCCGCUGCGGGUAUGGAAGGCGGCGAUUGGAGGACUCAGCUACAACCUGAUUCCAGACAGAGGAUUGUAAACAAGAUAAUGGAAACUUUGAAGAGGCAUCUUCCUUUCUCUGGACAAGAGGGACUGCAGGAACUUAAAAAAAUAGCUGUCAGGUUUGAGGAAAAAAUUUAUACUGCAGCAACAAGUCAGCAAGAUUACUUAAGAAAGAUAUCUUUGAAAAUGCUGACGAUGGAGACGAAAUCCACGAAUUCUCUUCAGUCUAAUGCUGCAAGCAAUAGCAAAAAUCCCCAAGAUCCAGGUUCUCAGAGCAUGCAGCCCCAAAUGCCAAAUCAGGUCCAGCAACUACCAAUUCCAAUGGUUUCCAAUCAAUCUCAAGUGCGGCAACAGCUUUUAUCCCAGAAUAUCCAGAAUAACAUUGCAUCAAAUGCAGUGCCAAAUUCUGCAGGUUUGACAUCUGCAUUGCCCCCUGUUGGUGGCAUGCCCCAGAAUACCAUGCCUAACGUUCCUGGGCAGAAUCCUAACAUGCAGAACAUGCAGAACAUGACUAAUGUAACUCCUAAUGCAGUAGGGAAUUCCAUAGGUCAAGGAGUGCCUUCUAACAUCUAUGCCAGUUCUCAAAGACAGAUUCAGGGUAGGCAACAACAGGUUGUUACUCAGGAGCAACAACAGCAGUCUCAGAAUUCACAGCAAUAUCUCUAUAAUCAGCAGCUACAACAGCACCUUAUGAAGCACAAGUUCCAACAGGGAGGCGUCCCACAAUCCAUUAUGCAAUCUCAGAUCCAGCAGCAGCAGCAGCAGCAACAGCAACAACAGAACCUAUUGCAACCAAAUCAGCUCCAAUCCUCUCAGCAGGCUGUUAUGCAACCAUCUUUGAGGCAGACAUCAGCUUCAUCUACUCUUCAAAAUCAGCAGUCAUCUCUUCAGCAGUCUACUCAAUCUAUGCUUCAGCAGCAAUCACAAUCAGUCCUCCGGCAACAGCAGCAGCAACAACCGCAGCAGCCUUCAAUGAUGCAUCAGCAACAAACUUCGAUGCCUCAGCAUCCGAUGCUGCCCACACAACAGCAGCAGCAACAGCAGCAGCAGCCAAAUACUGCAAACAUGCAACAGAACCAGCUAAUUGGCCAGCAGAAUAAUAUUCUUGAUGCACAACAGCAGCAUCAGCAGCAGCAAAGGAUGAUCAAUCAGCAGAAUAAUAUCUCUAACAUGCAACAGCAGCAGACAAUUGGUCAACAAAACAACCUCCCAAACAUGCAUCAACAGCAGUCAACUGGUCAGCAGAGCAACCUCCCAAAUAUGCAUCAGCAGCAAUUAGGCCCUCAGACCAAUCUUUCUGGUUUCCAGCAGCAGCAAAUGGUUGGAAUUCAACAUGGUAACUCUAGCUUGCAAACUAAUCAGACACCUGUCCAUAUGUUACAGCAAUCUAAGGUUGCAGUACAGCAGCAAAUGCAGCAGAACAUGGCAAACAUGUUGCCUAACCAAGCUCAACAACCACAGUCUCAGCCAAUGCAGCAGCAACUGAUGUCACAGAUUCAAUCUCAGCCAGGACAGAUGCAACAACAGUUGGGUAUGCAACAGCAGCCCAAUACAUUAUCUAGAGACAUGCAACAAAGGAUUCAAACAACUGGUCCCUUGCUUCAACAACAGACAACGAUUGAUCAACAGAAGCAGUUAAUGCAAUCUCAAAGAGUCAUGCCGGAGGUGCCAAUGACAUCUUUAGAUUCCUCAUCCCAGACAGGGACUGCGAGUAGUGGGGACUGGCAGGAGGAGAUCUAUCAAAAGAUUAAAUCCAUGUAUGAGCUGUAUUUCCCUGAAUUGAAUGAAAUGUACCAGAGAAUGGCUGCCAAGUUGCAGCAGCAUGAUGCUCUUCCUCAACAGCCCAAGAAUGAGCAGCUUGAAAAACUCAGAUUUUUUAAGGUCAUGUUGGAACGUCUUAUAAUGUUUCUGCGAACUAACAAGAAUGAUAUUCAGCCCAGUCACAAGGAUAAGAUUGUUGGAGUUGAGAAACAGAUUCUCAAUAUUCUUAAUUCAAAUAGGCCUCGAAAGCCUGUGUCUUCUUUGCAGCAAGGGCAGCUUCCGCAGCCUCACAUGCAUGCUAUGCAACAGCCUCAGCAGCAACAGCCUCAAACUUCUCAGAUGCAUGCAAGUGAAGGUCAAAUGAAUUCCCAAAUGCAACCAAUGAAUGUACAGGGUUCUGUGGUGGGUGCACAGCAGAAUAGUUUGACCAAUUUGCAGCAUAAUUCCUUAUCUUCUGUGUCAAGUUCAAAUUCCCGCCAGAAUAUGAUGGAUGCUCUACAGCCUGGUUCAAAUAUCGAUCCUGGACAGGGCAAUGCACUGAACCAAAUGCAGCAAGUAGCUAUGAACUCCCUACAACAAAAUCCUGUGAGUGGUCCUCAGCAGAUGAAUAUUAACACCAUAUCAUCGCAAAGUGGGUUAACACCACUGCAGUCAAAUGUUAAUCCCUUGCAAGCAAAUUCAAAUAUACUUCAAUCGCAGCAGAUAAAACAGGAACAACAAAUGUUUUCAACUCAGCAACUAAAACAGCAAUAUCAGCAGCGGCAGAUGCAGCAACAAUAUAUGCAUAGACAGCAGUUAAUUCAGCAGCAGCAACAGCAAACUGUACAGCAACAGUCAGCGCAGUUACCUGCACAGCAAAUGAUGCAGCUUAAUCAGAUGAAUGAUACGAACGACAUGAAGAUGCGACACCAGAUGGGUGGAAAAUCGGGAGUUCUCCAGCCUCAUAACCCUUCCGGUCAACGACCAUCAUAUCACCACCAACAAAUGAAGUCUGGGACGCCGUUCUCUAUUUCUUCACAGCAGGCUGCAUCCCCACAGAUUGGUCAUCAUCCUUCACCACAAAUUGACCAGCAGAAUCUUCUGUCAUCCCAUACCAAAACUGGAACUCCCUUGCAAUCUGCAAGUUCACCAUUCAUUGUACCAUCUCCUUCAACUUCCAUGGCUCCAUCCCCUAUGCCAGGUGAUUCUGAGAAAAUGAAUUCUGGUGUCUCAUCACUGUCAAAUGCUGGAAAUAUAGGGCAUCAUCCGACCGCUACAGCAUCGAUACCAAACCAAUCCCUUGCUAUUGGCACUCCUGGGAUAUCAGCCUCACCUUUGCUAGAAUUUACCAGUCCUGAUGGCACUCAUGGUGUUGCACCAACCAUUGUUUCGGGAAAUUCUAAUGUUGUGGAACAGCCACUUGAGCGGCUAAUCAAAGUGGUGAAAUCUAUGUCUCCUAAAGCAUUGAGUGCCUCAGUUAGUGACAUUAGCUCAGUUGUCAGUAUGGUCGACAGAAUUGCGGGAUCUGCUCCAGGAAAUGGAUCACGGGCUGCAGUUGGUGAGGAUCUGGUGGCUAUGACUAAAUGUCGUCUGCAGGCUAGGAAUUUUGUCACCCAAGAUGGGUCCAGUGGCACCAAGAAAAUGAGGCGUUAUACGAGUGCUAUGCCAUCUAAUGUUGUUUCAUCUACUGGCAGCGUGAAUGAUAGUCUCAGACAUUUAAAUGGUAAUGAAUCUGAUGGAGAGUCCACGGGAGCAUCGAGCGUCAAACGACCUCGGAUUGAGGCUAACCAUGCACUUGAAGAAGAGUUACGGGAAAUAAAUCAAAGACUUAUAGACACUGUCGUGUAUAUCAGUGAAGAUGAUGUUGAUCCGACUGCAGUUGCUGCUGCUGCCGAAGGUGGAGAAGGAACUAUUGUGAAAUGCUCGUUCAGUGCUGUGGCUCUUAGCCCAAAUCUGAAAUCACAGUAUGCUUCAGCUCAAAUGUCUCCAAUUCAACCUCUAAGAUUGCUCAUUCCCAGCAAUUAUCCAAAUUGCUCCCCAAUACUUUUGGACAAGUUUCCAGUUGAAGUCAGUAAGGAAUAUGAAGAUCUGUCCAUAAAGGCGAAAUCAAAAUUUAGCAUCUCUCUCCGAGCUCUAGCACAACCAAUGUCACUUGGGGAGAUAGCAAGGACUUGGGACAAUUGUGCUCGUGCUGUCAUUUCUGAGUAUGCGGAGCAAAGUGGUGGUGGAAACUUCAGCUCAAAGUAUGGAACGUGGGAGAACUGCCUGAGUGCAGCUUGAUACGUUGAUAGCUUGUGCAGAAAAGGAGCAUUUACCCCCAAAAAUUUAAACCAAAAAAAAAAAGAAAAAAAAAAAAAAAGGAAUUGCUCAUGCAUUUAACUCGCAGGUUGCCUGUACCUGACAUUUAAGGGUAGUGCCACUCUCUAGACGGGGGUUGGGUGUGCUUCUGUAACAAAUUUGUCAAAAUUCAUAUUGGACAAUUUAUGUACGCAUAUUUGUGUUUUUUCUGAUAAGAGUACGUUUAACUCACAAUCCGUGAGAAUUGA